CUUAUAUUCGUCGAGUACUCAUACACGUCACGUGGUCAGACAGACAUCACCCGAGAGAGCAAGCUGUCUGCCGGUUCGUUGCAAGCGAAGGCAUCUCUCGGACGUCGGGCGGGCAGAAACGCACUGGCUCAGGCGCCAUUGCCGGAUUCGGGCAACGCAAGCGCCACAUCUGCGCCACAACAUACUGCAACCCUGAGAUAGCACCAGACACAAAAUGGCGGAGGAGGAGUUCGUGGUGACGGGAAUCUCGGCCUACUUUCCGGAAGCCGACCACAUAGAGGAAUUCAAGGAGAAGCUCUACGCCGGCGUGGACUUCGUCACCGAUGAAGAGACGCGCUGGCCUCGAGGGCAUCUGGGCCUUCCCGAAAGGCUGGGCAAGAUCCGCGACCUGAGCCGCUUCGACGCCCAGUUCUUCGGCGUCCACCCGAAACAGGCGCACAAGAUGGACCCGCAGCUGCGUCUCCUGCUGGAGACCUCGUACGAGGCGAUCGUGGACGCCGGCUACGACCCGGCCACGCUGCGCGGACGCAGGAUCGGCGUCUUCAUCGGCGCCUCCGACUCGGAGAUGCUGGAAGCGCUGAACGUGGACACCGAGAAGAUCGACGGAUAUGCGCUCGCCGGGUGCUGCAGGGCCAUGUUCUCCAAUCGCAUCUCCUACUCGUUCGACUUCCACGGCCCGAGCUUCACCGUCGACACUGCGUGCUCGUCUACGAUGACGGGCCUCAGCCAGGCCAUGCUCGCACUUCGCUCCGGCCAGUGCGAGGCAGCCAUCGUAGGCGGAAGCAUGCUAACCCUCAAGCCAGCUGCGUCGCUCAACUUCAGCCGCUUGGGCAUGCUGUCUCCAGACGGCAAGUGCAAGGUGUUUGACUCGGAAGGCAACGGAUACGUCCGAAGUGAAACCGUUGGCGUCUUCUUCAUCCAACGUGCUUCGGAGGCACGUCGCAUCUACGCAAAGCUGAUCAACGUGAAGACCAACACGGAUGGCUACAAGACCGAAGGAAUCACCUUCCCGUCGGCCGAGGUGCAAAAGCAGCUUCUCCACGAGGUGUACACAGAAGCCAAAGUCGAUCCACAGAAAGUCGGAUACGUGGAGGCGCAUGGCACGGGUACCAAGGCUGGCGAUCCGCAGGAGUUGGAAGCGAUCAGCAGCGUAUUCUGCGGACCUGGCCGGGAGCAACCCCUCAAGAUAGGCUCCGUGAAGAGCAAUAUGGGACAUGCCGAGGGCGCCUCAGGUGUUUGCUCGAUGGCCAAGGCCAUCGUUACCUUGGAGACCGGAGUCAUCCCGGCCAACCUGCACUUCAGGGAGGCCAGUCCCAACAUCCCGUCCCUGCACGACGGCAGCAUCGAAGUUGUCGACAAGACGACUCCACUGCCCGGAAACCUGGUGGGCGUCAGCUCGUUCGGCUUCGGCGGUGCCAACAUGCACGCCAUCCUGGAGGCGAACCCGUCGCCGCACGUGGACACCCUGCCGCGCGAGAAGCCCGAGCUGCCCCGACUCGUUCUCGUGGCAGGGAGAAAUCAAGAUUCCCUCGAGCGCACUCUGAACCGGGUGGAAGAAGAAGGGCCGUACCCGGAUUCGGCGUACGCCCUCCUGAACCGGGUGGGCCAGCCAAGCACGCACCAGUUCCGCUACCGAGGCUUCGCCGUGGUCCCUGUCGACGGCUCCGGCAAGGACGUCGUGAAAUUCGCCGAGCAGACCCCGUUCGAGAAGCGGCCCUUGUGGUUUGUCUUCACCGGCAUGGGAUGCCAGUGGAACGGCAUGGCCCGCCAGAUGAUGCAAUUCGAAGUGUUCGCCCGGUCCGUACGAAAGUCGCACGAGCUGGUGUUCGAGCGAUUCGGCAUCGACCUCGUUCGCCUGUUGACCAGCGACGCCCCGCAGUAUGACUGCAUGGCACAGCCGUUCGUCGCCAUUACCUCCGUUCAGGUGGCGCUUGUUGACACCCUUCGUGCUCUUGGCGUGCAUCCGGAUGGCAUCGUAGGUCACUCCGUGGGCGAGACCGCCUGCGCAUAUGCCGACGAAGGCUUCACUGCAGAGCAGACCGUGUUGUGCGCUUACUGGCGAGGUCGCUGCGUAGAGCUGGAAAACUUGCCCAAGGGGGCCAUGGCUGCAGUCGGCCUCACGUGGGAGGAAGCUAAAAAGCGCUGCCGGGACGGCGUCAUUCCUGCGUGCCACAAUGCCGAGGACUCCGUCACCUUGUCCGGUCCCGCUGAGGCCGUGGCCGAGAUUGUCGCCGAGCUAAAGGCCGACAACGUGUUCGCCCGGGAGGUAGACAGCCAAGGAGUGGCGUUCCACGGUCCACAAAUGCAGGCCGUCGCACGUCCACUCAGGCAGGUGCUGGCCAAGGUGGUGCCCCAAUCUAAGCCCCGAACCGAGCGCUGGGUCAGCUCCUCCGUGCCCGAGAGCCGCUGGGGCGAGCCCAUCGCCAAGCGCUGCUCAGCCGAGUACCACGUGAACAACCUGCUCUCUCCCGUCCUCUUCUGCGAGGCCCUCCAGCACGUGCCCAGCAACGCCAUCGUGGUCGAGAUCGCACCGCACUGUCUUCUGCAGGCCAUUCUCCGGCGCGCCCUGGGCUCGAGCGCCAGCUGUCUGGGCCUGAUGAAGAAGGGCGUGGACAACGUGGCUUUUUUCCUAAGCUCUCUGGGCAAGCUGCACACCCUGGGAGUCCAGCUGGACUUGGCUCCGUUGUACCCGCCAGUACCGUGGCCGCUGCCACGUGGCACCCCGAACAUCGGCCAUCUAGUCAGCUGGGACCACUCGCAACAAUGGAACGUCGUCUCCUGGAGCGACUUCCCGACGUUGUCGCAGGUUUCCGAAGAGGUUAUCGAGGUGGACCUGGAGUCCAACGAAGGCGACGCCUACAUAGCCGGUCACCAGCUUGACGGCCGCGUGUUGUUCCCCGCUACCGGCUACAUGGUCCUGGCCUGGAAGUCCCUCACCAAACGCUGCGGCAAGCCGUUCGACCAGGUGCCCGUGGUCUUCGAGGACAUCACUCUGCACAGGGCCACCAUCAUACCAAGGAGCGGCUCUGUGAAGUUCCUCGUGAACAUCAUGCGCGCCUCUGGCGACUUCGAGGUUUGUGAGGCUGGCACUGUGGCUGCGAGUGGCCGCAUCCGCACGGCCGAAAAAGGCGAGAAGCUUCUGGAGAAGGAACCCCCGGGGCCACCUGCAGAGACCGUCACCUACGAGCUCCAGGCCGACGACAUCUACAAGGAGCUUAGGCUUCGGGGCUACGAGUAUUACGGCAGUUUCCGGGGCAUCAUCAAGGCUGACCUCAACACACGGCAGUAUGGCAAGCUCAACUGGGCAGACAACUGGGUAACCUUCAUCGACACCAUGCUACAGUUCAGCAUCCUAGGCAACCCUGUGCGAACUCUCCGACUGCCGGUGCGGAUACAGUCCUGUCGCGUCGACCCUGAAAUCCACGCCAAGAUCUACGAGAAGGCCGGUGAUGCGGGCAUCGACGUUGUCUACAACCCAUACCUCAACACAUGCCUUGCUGGUGGCGUUGCCAUAACAGGCCUCAAGGCUAGCAUCGCCCCAAGGCGUGCCGUGCAGCAAACACCUCUCCUCGAAGAUUAUCAGUUUGUGUCAUACGUAGACGACGAGAAAGCCAGCAGCCAACGCGAAUCCCAAAUCCGCGAGUACGUUGAGGUGUGCUGCGGUGUCGCCCGGCGUGUCCUCGAGUCCUGCGGCAAGAACAAGGCUCAGAUCUCCGACGUCAUGAACGGCUUCCGUGAGGCUCCCGAGCAAGUCCUCAACCGAUACCUGGAGAACCCCGGCGACAACCACGGCCUCCUCAAGAUCCUGGCCACCAUCCAGAAGCAUACCGAUGGCUCUGCCGCGUCUCUCGUUGCCACAGUUCAGUCCGCCCUGGCUGCCCACAAAGAGGACCUAGAACGGGACUUCCUCAACACGGUCCUUUACGAAGAGGACCCGCUGCGGCACCUCUUGGACGUUGUCGUCGAGAACACGAGCACCAAGAAGAUCCGCGUCCUCGAACUGGCUGACGGAGGCAGCACGCUGCUGGCGCCGUGGGUCACAGACCUGCUCCGGCUGUCCAACAUCCUUCUCAAGACCGACUACACCGUGGCCCACCCAGCUCCAGACAAGAUCGCGGCUGAGCUGCUACCCGAGGGAACGAAGACGAUCAAGUGGGACUGCACAUCGGCCUCCAAGGACGGGCUACCUGAAACUGAACUGAUUGUCUUGCGAAGCGUUAUCCUUACAUCGGGCAGUAGUCUGGAAUCCCAGGCUGAGAAACUAAACUCCCUAUGCAAGGAGAAUGGCUUCGUCCUGCUCGCACAGCGCACGGCCCUUACUCCGGCCGAGAUGUUCCUGUCGACCAUCAGCAAAGUACCGCUACGUUUCCACACAAGGAAGACCCUGGAAGCUGCAUUCCUUGCGAGAGGGUUUCACGUGGUUGGCCUCAAGACCAACAAUGUUUGCACGCUUCUGUUGCUCCGAAAGACGACGCCUGUCGAUGUCACCAAGCAGGAGGUGAUCAGAGUCAAGAACACUGGCUACGACUGGGUCGAGCCUCUCAAAACAAAAAUAGCAGAGUUCGAGAACAGGCCUACCGGAGAAAACGUCUGGCUCUUCGGCGAGGAUGCGAACAUCAGCGGAGUCGUAGGACUGACCAACUGCCUCAGGCAGGAAAGUGGAACUCAUGUUAGGUGCAUACUCAACGCUAGCGUCAAGGGGUCUAACAAGGUCACUGAUUUCAGGCCAAGCAAUCCAGAGAACAAGGAGAUACUGGAGAAGGACCUUGUCAUGAACGUCUACCGCGAUGGACAGUGGGGGUCGUACAGGCACAUAGUCACGCAGUUCCACGGACCACCGAAAGUUACCACGCCAUACGCAUUCCUGAAUGUGCAGACGCGAGGUGACCUGUCCAGUCUUCAGUGGUACGAGUCACCGCUGCGAUACGCUUCGCCAUUCACCAGUGCGAAUGGCGUCCUUUGCAGCGUCUACUACGCCCCACUCAACUUCCGAGACAUUAUGCUAGCCACUGGAAAGCUUCCACCAGAUGCCUUACCCGGCAACCUAGCUACCUCCGACUGCGUCCUCGGUCUGGAGUUCUCCGGCCGCGACCCCAAGGGUCGCCGAGUCAUGGGAUCCGUGGCCUCCCAAGGCAUGGCGACGGCCGUGAACGCCGAUCCGGGCUUCCUGUGGGAGGUACCAGAGUCGUGGAGCCUCGAGGAGGCCUCCACGGUUCCAGUGGCCUACUCGACCGCCUACUACGCCCUCGUGGUCCGAGGCAACAUGAGGCGUGGAGAAUCCCUGCUGGUCCACUCCGGCAGCGGAGGUGUCGGACAGGCCGCCAUCUCGAUCGCCCUGUCCAUGGGCUGCAUGGUCUUCACCACAGUGGGUUCCAAGGAGAAACGGGAAUUCCUCAGACGCCGUUUCCCACAGCUUCAGGACCGCAACUUCGCAAACUCACGUGAUCUCUCGUUCGAGGACCACAUACUUUACGAGACGAAGGGCAGAGGUGAGUAUUUUGAGUCGUUCGCGGAAGGGACUAUCGCUAUUGUCGAUGCAACAAACCUUACCAGGACGUUAGAGAUAGUGCGAGGGCCAAUGGCUGUUCUCAAGGAGCUCUGGACGAACCCUCGCCUCGAUGACGAGACCAAGACGACAUACACGCAUAUGAUGGAGCUGCGGCAACGUUUAGAACGAACCUGUGCGCUCGCACACGAAGAAUUGAUGAAGGCGAAGAAGCUGCAGAAAGGGUACUACGAUAAGAAAGCGAGACAGCGCGAACUUGUCCCUGGUGACCAGGUGCUGGUGUUGUUACCAGCCGAUGCUAACAAGCUGGUGCUUUCCUGGAAGGGCCCCUUCCCUGUUAUUGAGAAACGCAGCGAACUGAAUUACCUAGUAAACCUGGGCCACAAGGUUACGCUCUUUCACAUCAACAUGUUAAAGAAGUAUGAGGAGCGCAAACCACUAAGCCAACGAACGGUUGCAGGCGUUACCACGGCGUUGCCAAGUGACACAGACGAGGUUCAGUCCGACGAAGUGCCCCAUAUCACAUUAGAACAGACACAGGACUGGACGAAUGUUACCAUAGCAUCGGAGCUCAACGCUGAUGCACGACAGCAAGCCACAGCGGUUCUUAAAGAAUUCAGAGACGUUUUCUCAGAUGUACCUGGGAAGACUGACAUUGUUCACUGUGAGUUGAAGCUUACAUCAGAGGCUCCCAUACAGGUACGACAGUACCCGCUACCUUUUACUGUCAAAGGUGCCGUCGAGGAGGAUGUGAAGGACAUGCUGCAGUUAGGUGUCAUUGAAAGGUCAACGUCAGCCUAUCACUCGCCCAUAGUGGUCGUCAAGAAGAAAGAUGGCACCAUGCGUUUGUGUAUUGACUUCCGACAACUGAACAAGGUCAUACUUCCGGAUUGUGAGCCGAUCCCUCGCACAGAUACGAUGUUCGCUAAGCUUACGGGAUGCAACUACUUCUCGCGCUUUGAUUUUACUAAAGGAUACUGGCAGGUACCUAUGGCCAGUCAGUCGAAAGAGCUCACGGCUUUCUCAUGUGAAUCUGGCUUGUACCACUUCAACUUUAUGUCCUUCGGCAUCAAGACUGCGCCGGCAGUAUUUAAUCGGUUAAUGCGAGUCGUCACCGAGGGGAUUCCCAAUGUGCUAUAUUACUUUGACGAUGUGCUCGUCGCUACUGAAACUUGGGAAGAACACUUGGAACAGAUCCGACCCGAAGAGACACCACGCAGGGCCACGCCCGUCACACCCAUCUCCGUGGAGGCCGUGGCGCGCACCGCCUUCUACGAACACAAGUCGUACGUGAUCGUCGGAGGCCUGGGUGGUUUCGGCCUGGAGCUCGCCGACUGGAUGGUGCACCGCGGAUCUCGCAAGCUGGUGCUGAGCGCACGUUCGGGCGUCCGGACGGGAUACCAGAAGUUGUGCCUCCACCGGUGGCAGCAAGCGGGCUGCAAAGUGGUGGUCAGCAAAGCCGACGCCUCGACCGAGGAGGGAGCAAGACAGAUCAUCGAGGAGGCCACUAGGCUGGGACCCAUCGGCGGUAUCUUCAACCUGGCCGUGGUUCUGCGGGACGCGCUGCUCGAGAACCAGACGGCCGAGGCCUUCAAGACCGUGUGCCAGCCCAAGGUAGACGGCACGCUGCGGCUCGACGAGCUGUCGCGGAAGAUGUGUCCGGAGCUGGACCACUUUGUCGCCUUCUCGUCCGUGUCCUGCGGCAGGGGCAACGCUGGCCAGACCAACUACGGCUAUGCCAACUCUGUCAUGGAGCGUAUCUGCGAGCGACGAGUCGCUGAUGGACUACCUGGCCUAGCCAUCCAGUGGGGCGCCAUCGGCGACGUCGGUGUCCUCCACGACACCAUGGGCGCCGAUGUCGUCGUCGGCGGCACCCUGCCCCAGAGGAUAAGCUCGUGCAUGGCCGUCAUGGACAGAUUCCUCAGCCAGGGUCAUCCGGUCGUGUCGAGCUUGGUCAAGGCCGACGUCUCCACGAACGCCGACGGCAAGGCCACGCAAAACCUCGUCCAGUCCAUCGCGCACAUACUUGGAGUGAAAGACCCCUCCAGCCUGAACCCGAGCAUGAGCCUGGGUGAGUUGGGCAUGGACUCUCUCAUGGGUGUCGAGGUGAAGCAGACCAUCGAGCGCGACUACGACCUCUCCCUUUCGAUGCAAGAGAUUCGGCAGCUCACCAUCAACAGGUUGCGAGAAAUCGGCGGGGCCGCUAGGAGCCAGGCGGAAUCUCAUGAAAACGUGUCCGCCGUGCCGAAGGAGAGUGAUGAAAGCAGUGACGUGUCCGAAGUUCCUCGGCUGACCCUGAUCAAGGAGCUGGUCCCCCACAGCGUCCUGGUUGAGAUGAACGGCCUCGAGGGAGACUCGCCCGUGUUUUUCGUUCACCCCAUCGAGGGACACGUGAGUGGACUGUACGAACUGGCCAUUCACCUCCCCGUUCGAGCCGUUGGAUUGCAGAGGGCGCCCGAAGUUUCCUUGAGUUCCAUCGAGGACAUCGCCAGCCACUACCUAAAGAAACUCCUCGAAGUGCAGCCCAGGGGUCCCUACCACAUCGUCGGCUACUCGUUCGGUUGCACGGUGGCCUUCGAGAUCGCCCUCCGGUUGCAAGCGUCGGGAGCACCUGUGGGCAGCCUGACCUUGCUGGAUGGCUCCCCUCUCUACAUGGUCGUGCACACAGCGCAACACAGGUCGCGCUUCACGGACAGCAAGGACGAAGAAGAGUCCGCGCUCUUCUGCGCCUUCCUCAUGCAGUACGUGGACAUCGACUACGUCGAGGUGCGGAACAGGAUAAAUCAGUACCCGAACUGGGACGCCAAGCAGGAGGUGGCCACCGACAUUCUCCUCAAGGCGUACCCCGACGUGCAGCCGAGCCGCCAGGACGUGGCCGCAGCCACACGCGCCUUCUACUCGUUCCUCCUGGCCGGUUCCGCCUACCAGCCCAGCCAGAAGUUCCGCGGCGACAUCUUGAUCGUGAAGCCGUCCAGGCCACGAAAGAUUACGAGCCAGUUGCCACCAGACUACGGGACGUCCGAGUUCUGCGAAGGGCAAGGUCGAGCUCAAGGUGGUCGAUGGCCUUCACGAGAGCUUCAUCCACGGCGAAGGCGCGAAGCAGUGCGCAGACAUCAUCAGUCAACAAGUGAAGCACUGAAUCGAAGAAAGAACACACAAAAAAGCCUUCCAUGUUUUUAAUAAAACCAAGCGAUCCCUUUUUCA